AUGGCUCCCGGCGUGGAGCUGGGCUUCGCGGCGGCGCCGGAGGAUACAAGAUUACCUUGUGAAGUGGUGUCUGUCUUCUGUUUUCUAGACGACUCGGCAGAUGCAAUUCCAGAGCAUAACGAGUUCCUUUUUCCAGAAUAUGAAAUUUUGAUAGAACCUGAGGAACCGGAAUUUCCUGCUGACGCCACUGAUGAUGAACAAGGUGCUGAAGAUACAUCAAAGGACGCGAAACAAGAGGAACUUGGAGCUGCAGGCAUUGCAGAUGAAGCAAGAUUUCAGUCCUUAGAUGAAGAGACAUUGGAAGCAAUGGCAAAACAUGAGACUGAAGAAGAAAAGAUCUUCCAAAUGUUUAAAAAACAAGUAGCUGCUGAACCAGAGCAGAUUAUUAGAUACUGCAGAGGAGGAGAAGGUCCGCUCUGGGUGUCAGGUGAAAAUAGGCCUGAAGAAAAAGAUAUCCCAAAUUGUGUAUGUGGUGCCAAAAGGAUAUUUGAAUUCCAGAUUAUGCCACAGCUCCUGAAUCACCUUCAGGUUGACAGCCUUGGCGAGAGCAUUGACUGGGGAACGCUGGUGGUGUACACUUGCGCUGACAGCUGCGGAGGGGCAAACCAAUACCUGGAAGAGUUCAUAUGGAAACAAGACCACUCCAUGGCUCAACUUUAUGAAGCUGAGUCAUCCAAACGGAAUAGUUGAUUUGUUUCACUGCAUCUCUGCACUGUGCAAACACAUAGUUGAACUGAAGUCACUGAAAACUGUGCAUCUUCUAACAGUAAUAAAACUGCUUUAACUAGA